UCACAUCUGAGGCCGUGUUUGAUAACAUUGAGGAUCCAAAACACCGACGACGGCUGUUUUGAUUCAGUUACUAGCGGGUUCUUUUCAAGAAACCAGCAGAGGUCUACAGCAUUUUAAUACAUCUACAACAUUAAAGAUCCCUCUUUAUCCAGUGCUUCUCCAGUGUUUCUGCUGUCACGGGGAUGUCCGCAGCCUGUCUCGUACGCCUGGCAAGAUGCAGUGGUCCUCAAGUGGGACGUAGUGGUCUUUUACAGAGGGGCCUACUCCCACUACCAUUCCAGCAGGACAGCCACCUCCACUUCACCCAGAGACAGCUUUACACCCCUUCAGGAAAACGGUACAGCAACACACGCUUUGAUUCAGACGGCAGUGGAACCCCAACUACUUGGGAUUCAUUUGGCAUCUGGGACGAUCGUAUCGAUGAGCCAAUUCUGCUGCCUUCCAGCAUCCGCUACGGCAAGCCCAUUCCCAAAGUCAGUUUAUCAAAGGUAGGCUGUGCCUCGCUCAUCGGGCAACGCAAGGACAAUGAAGACCGCUACCAGGUCUCCCAAAUGACCGACAGCAUCCUCUACUUUGCUGUGUUUGAUGGACAUGGCGGGCCAGAAGCGGCAGAUUUUUGUCUAAAAUACAUGGAGAAAUACAUCAAGGACCUUGUGACAGAGGAGUCCGAUCUGGAAGUAGUUAUAACGAAGGCCUUCCUUGAAAUAGACAAAGCUCUUGCAAGGCACUUGCACUUCUCUCCAAGUGUGAAUGCAGGCACCACCUACCACCGUGGCCCUGCGAGGGACGGCAUCGAGCCGUGGUGGGGGGCAGUGUGGGAGACAGCGCCGCCAUGCUGUGCCGCAAAGCAGCGUUUAAACUCACUGUCGACCACACUCCUGAGAAGGACGAGAAAGAGAGGAUAAAGAAAAGUGGAGGUUUUAUAACCUGGAACAGUCUGGGACAGUCGAACGUUAACGGCAGGCUGGCCAUGACGCGCAGCAUCGGAGA